GCAGGAUUGUACAGGCCAAUAUCAGGGUAUACUAGUAAAUUUAAAUAAUUAAAGUUUUCCAAAAGGUUAGAUUCUCUAACACCUCUCUUAUGUAUUUUAUAGAGUAAUAAUAUACGACUGAUUGGCAAAACGCUAUCAAUUCAUAUAGAAGCAUCACCAUAAAAUGGCAAAAGUUGUAUAAUCAAAAUUUAAUAUGUCUACAUUCUUUGAUGAAAUGAAAAAAUCCUUCGUGGAUGUUAAAAUUGUUGAUAAUAAGAUCGACAGUGUUGAUUUCUUAGAUGCCUCAGAGUCUCUAGUUAAAUUACUUGAUUUAACAGGUUCUUCAGUUUUUGCUAUUGUUCAAAAGGAUAUGACCAGUAAUAUUUCUGACAUUCGAAAGACACUACAUUUACAAGGUUCUAAUACUUUACAAGAUAUAAUAUUAUCCGAAGCUAUCUGUUAUCCUGACGAUAGGUUUGCAAUUCCACCCUUAUUAAGGUUAUCUCGUGAAUUACAAUUCAUAUCUCAAUCCAUAAGAGAAACGGUCGAAAAUCCUGGUGAUGAAUUGGCUAGUACUUUCACUAGAACUUAUGAUAAAACUUUAUCUCAAUAUCAUAGCACGCUUAUUAAGUCAGAUUUCAAAUUAACCUUGAAAUCUUGUCCAAAGAGAAAGGAGUUUUAUGAAAAAUUAGGUGCCGACCAAGAAAAAGUUAAUAAACAGUUAUCUGAAUGGUUAGUAGCAUUAGAACACAUUGUUAAGAUCAUCUUAGAUUUCUUUGCCAAAUUUAUUACGAUCAUGAAAGAAUUUGAAAUAGCUCACGUUAGCAGUCUCAUUCUGGAACUUAACAUAAACGGUCCAUAGAAGGGUGCAAAUUCACCUAAGUAUUUAGAUCUAUAUGGUACUUCCUCUCAGUUGACUUGGAAAUAAAUGUUAUAUAAGAAAUCAAGAAUCAAAAAUGUUAGAAGAAAAAAGAUGGCAAAAAAGUUAAGAUGGCAAAAAAGUUAAGAUGGCAAAAAAGCAAGGUAUAAAGCCAUGACUACACGACCUUAAAAUAUAUUACUGCCCGAUUUAGUAAUGUAUCGCAUUAUUUGUUAAUCUGCUAUAAAUUACCCAAGAAAGCAAUCAAUUAUUCCUUGUGAGUUGCUCCUAAUACUAUAUGUAGUAAAGUAAAACUUAUAUUUUUUAUU